GUUUGGGGGCUUUAUGGCGCUGCCAGGAGGAAAUAAAGACAACAUUAGGGCAGGAUGCAAAAAAUGUGGCUAUCCGGGCCACCUUACAUUUGAAUGCCGAAACUUUCUCCGGGUGGACCCAAAAAGAGAUAUUGUUUUAGAUGUCAGCAGUACGAGCAGCGAGGAGAGCGAAGAGGAGGAGCUGAGUAAGCUGCAGGCGGCACCGGAGAAGAAAAGUAUUGCUGAGGAAGAAGAUAAGAAAAGAGCUAAGAAGAAAAGCAAGGAGAAAUCAAAACUGAAGAAAGGAAGGAAGAGAUCUUAUUCAUCAAGUACCACAGAAGAGGAUGAGACCAAGUCAAAAAAACAGAAAUACCAUAAAAAGGAAAAGAAGGAGAAAAAGAGUAAAUCCAAGAAAAGAAAACAUCACAAAAAGGAGAAGAAAAAGAGAAAGAAGAGAAGAGACUCCUCUUCUGAUAGUUCAGACUCUUCUAGCAGUGACUGAGAAGCAAAGCCAGGCUGAUUUUUAGUUUUGUUGUGAUUACGGGUUGGAUCCAUUUGAAGAGUUGGCAAAAUGAGUUGA